ACAUCAACACCUCAGGCACGAAGGAAGUCGCGGCGAUGCGAUCCAAUUUCCCCCCGAUUAAGAAUCAAGGCUGAGCCCGUCACAGCCUUGUUUCGACCCCAGAGGGGCCCUGUCGUUUCAUGGGGCGAAAUCGUGCAUGAAGCAUUUUUUCUUAUAUUCUUUCCCUCCCGUCUACUUAUAUUUACUCUCUUUUUCUUUUCUUUUCUUUCUCUCUCUAUGGCCCUGCUGCCCCUCGCCAAGAAGAGCGUCGCAGUCCCUCAUCCCGCCAAGCGCCCCAUUCCGGCUUGAGCCUCACCAGUCCAGCCCAGCCCAGCCCAGGUAUUUGACGCUGCCACGCCGCCCUUGCGCGCGAGACUCCUGAUUCCGUUUCCGCAAACCUUCUCUGCCCUCUGGAUUCUUCAGCCAUCUUUAUCGUCGAGGUGGCAGCAUGUCGGAAGAACCCCAGGUCCUGUCCAUCCAGGACCGCAUCCGGGCCCUGAAACAGGCACAAACUGGGCAAGGUUCUGAGGGCACGGGAUCGCCGUUGCUCGGAAAUCAGCCAACCGCUUUUGCUCUCCGUCCUGCCUCGUCGCAGUCGAACGGUAGCAACAAUAAUUAUCAUAAUAAUAAUAGCACUGUUCCGAUCCAGCCUCCGCCGUACAGCAAGGAGCCGCCGCCGCCUACACCGAGGAUUUCACACGUUGGGGUUACACCAAACGUUACACCAGGCGCUGCCAGGCAGCAGCCAAAACGACCCCCACCGUUACCAGCCCGCAAAAGCUCGAGCCAGCAACUCGCUGCACCGUCGCUGCCACCGCGACGGCCCUCGGUUGAUUCUGUUGCGUCUGAUGCAUCGCGGUCUACUAAUACGUCUACGAGUGCGCUAUCGGCGUCCACCACGACGACAGGGAAAUCGAGACCUACAACGCCUGGAUCGGUGGUGAAGGCGCCACCAUGGGGUGCAACAGAACUACCCCCGUUACCCCCGAAGCGACAGAAUACCCAGCCGGCGGUAUCGUCAACAGUGUCGCGACCAAAGCCCAAGACCGUGGCGAGCAGUAACGGACGGUUACCGGUGCCACCACCGCGACCGGGUCUCCCACCUCGUCCGUCUUCGAAUCAGAGUGUUUCGACAGUCUCGACGGAAAGUAGCAUCACGCCGCCGCAGGCACGACAACCACCACAGCUCCCUCGGAGAAGCACGCGCGAUACGUCGCCUAAUCCGCCAGCUUAUGAGGACACGAACCCCCCGCCGCAGCCAAAGCGGCUCCCACCGCCCCUCCCUAAUGGAACGAGCUCGCCGGCUCAAGAUGCCGGUUCGGCGGGUACACCACCUCCAGUGCCGAUGGGCUCCCGCCCAGAUCUCUCUGCGAUAAUGGCGACCAAACCGCGCGUUGCGGCAUCCAAUGGCGCAGUAUCCAACGGCGCCUCGCCUCCUGCUGCAGCAGCAGCAGUAGCAGCAGCGUGCAUGGUGUGCCGUGAUUUCACAGCGCCAGACACGCAUGCUGCGCGGUAUCCGAGACAAACGCUCCCCACUCAAGAUAUUGGAUGGCUUGCUAGGGAGCUCACGGCACCGUUCCUCUCUGCUACCGACAAGGCACGGGCCAUCUUUACAUGGCUACACCAUAACAUAGACUACGAUACAUUUUCGUUGUACAAUAACUGCGUAAAACCGUCUACACCUAGCAGUACCCUUGCAUCGGGACUGGCCGUAUGCGAGGGCUAUGCUGGUCUGUUUGCCGCGCUCGCAAAGGAAGCAGGAUUAGAAGUCAGGGUGGUCUCUGGACACGGUAAAGGUGCCGGGUAUGAGUCUCCAGCUCCUGGUGCCCCUCUACCACCCUUCUCACCCUCGGGACACGCCUGGAACGUUGUGCGACUCGACAAUGGCCACUGGAAACUGAUAGACGCGUGCUGGGGUGCCGGCCACACAACGGGGGCCAACACGCCGUACGUACGCAGCUUUAACCCGAGCAUGUUCACCAUGACCAACGAUGAGUUCGGCCUUAAACAUUUCCCUAAAGACAACUCCCAUCUUUACCGCGAUGAUGGACGGCGCGAAAUCAGCUGGGAAGAAUAUAUCCUGGGAGACCCGAAUUCACCGCUUUGCGCGGAACAGCCUCGAACCUUCAGCGACGCGAAGAAGCACAGCAUUGGCGAGCGGUCGUUCCGACCGGCCUGCCAGAAGAUCUCGAUCCGCCAGGCUGGACCGCUGCGGUUCCAGUUUAACCUGUUUUGCGAGCACUGGUCGCUGGAACGGCACAGUCGGGCGAAACCCGGAGUAUUCUUGCUGAUGAUCCACGGGGUGGACGGGCGCAAAGACGAGCGUCUCCCGUUUGCACAUUGGCAACCGGCCGGGCCAGACGGAGGCGGGGAUGUGUGGUAUGUCGACGUGGCAGACGCAAGGGUCUUGGGGGCGCCGGGCCAAAAGGUGCAGCUGGCGGUGCUCACGAAACUGGGGCAGCGAGAGGACGCUCGUGGGGUGACGGUGGAGGAGUACCAGCGACAGGUUGGAAAGGUGGGGAUGGCGUGGGCGUACAUUGCGGAAUGGGAGCUCGUGGCCUGA